AUGUCCUUGUCCCUUGAAUCCCGUCUGGAAAAAGUAUCUGAAGAAUAUCAAAAACUUCAAAAAGAUCGAGCUAAUGUUAUAGAAGCAAGACAGAAGCUUGAUUCUCAAUUACAAGAGAAUGAACUUGUAGAAAAGGAAUUUAAAUUAUUAAAUGAUGAUUCAAAUAUUUAUAAAUUGAUUGGGCCCGUAUUAGUUAAACAAGAUAAACCCGAAGCCACUUUAAAUGUAUCAAAACGGUUGGAAUAUAUUAAAUCUGAAAUGUUGAAAUCAGAGAAUAAAAAAGAUGAGGUAAUAAAAAGAAAAACAAUCAAAACAAUUUGA